CCCAAAGAAUUGAUGAUUCAAUAUAUCAUGCAACGACGCCUUGAAAAGUAAUUAUUGCGUGAAUACAAAGCGGCACCUCGUAAAAUCACGAUUAGGUUUUCUUGAAUUUCUGCAAAUUUUGUUCAAAAUGCAUUUGACCCUUGAAUUCGGUGGAGGCUUAGAGCUUUUAUGUGAAUCUGUUAAAUUUCAUAAUGUGAACGUUGAUCUGCCAAAAGGAGCAGAUAAGUUAAGCAUGAGGGAUUUACUAGCCUGGGUUCGUACCAAUUUGAUCAAGGAGAGACCUGAAAUGUUCAUGAAAGGGGAGUCUGUGAGACCUGGUGUUCUUGUCCUUGUAAAUGACUGCGAUUGGGAGUUGAGUGGCCAGCUUGAUACUACCUUAGAAGAGAAGGAUGUGGUAGUUUUUAUCUCAACAUUGCACGGUGGAUAAUAUGAACAUCUAAGGUUAUAGUUACUAUAUGUUAACAAACAUUAAGAAGAGCAUUUCAGUGUUUUUGCCUUUGAUGUUAUAUGAAAAUGCAAUGAAAUUUGUAGUGUUUGCCUCUCA